AUGCACGCACUCACACACACACUGACGGGUGACAUCAUUGCGGCGGCUGAUAAUAUCACUUCCUCCUCCUGCAGGUUCAGCGACCUGUUCGCCCGGGUCGAGGAGUACGAGGAUUCCCAGACCAAGCCUCCCAAGUCCCACCGUAAGGCUCCGGCCUCCUCGCCUCGCUCCCGGAAAGGAGCGGUUCUGCCCAACAACAACGAGGAGGAGAGCGCCUCCAGCAGCGUCUCAGUCCACUCACCUCCGUCAAGUCAGCAGCUUCCACGGUACUCUCUCAGCUCCCCCUCGUGCCUCUCAGUCAGCCUCGAUGACCAUCAAAGAGAACACGUUUUUGACUUGAUCGACAAUGGGCUUCAUUCAACCGAAUAUCAACUUGAAGAUUUGUACUCAGGCGAGGAAAUAGGUUCUACAAGGGAGAAUGGCAUUCCAUCAGCGCAGGUUGUAGAUCUCACAGGAGAAGUCGAUGGUGCGAGCGAUUGUGAACGGUACUUUAUGCAGGGUCUCUCCCCUACCAAUUACGAGGAGAACGGUCCGGUUCCGGAAUCGGAUCAGCCCUCGGCUUCGGUACCGCAAGUGUACAUAACACCGGGCUCCCCGGAACACGUUGAGCCGGAUUUGUCCCCGGAAUCACCCGUCGAUGAUGUAGAGCGCUCCAGUCAGGCCGCAGAUGGGAGGUCACGUAACGGAUCACCGGUAGAAGCGCGGGGACUGAUAGCGGAGGAAAUCAUUCAUCCGGACCCAGCAGAACCGUGUACGCCGCUGAAUCAGACUGAGCCUAUACCGAACAACGGACCUCGGAAAAGGGAACACCGUAGAAGGCUCAUUUCAACCAGCAGCAGCAGCAGGAGCAGUAGUAGGAGCAGCACAAACAGACCCCGACGAUCCGUGAGAGGCUGUCAGAAUUGCUGUCGGACUGCCCAUGAACAACUAGUUCUAAUGAGUAAUGCUUUCCGACUAAUGGGUGAAAUGCUGGCUGUCUACAGUGAUCAUAAUUAGUAAGAACCACUACUAUGGUAUAAAAAAUCUAAAGGCCUUUCUGGGUUCCCCAUAUCUGUGUGAGUACUGUUACACAGGGUACAACGGUGUGCUGAGUCACCGAUGCCCUGCUCAUUGUUCCG